AUGCAUGUAAUGCAUGUAUUGAUGCAUGCAAUAGUGUUUACUCACGGCGAACAUACACCUUUUGAUUACAAGUCAAACCUCACUAUGGUCACCUUCGACCCCAUCCAUUUCAUACCAGCAAGCCACCAGGCUCAGAUUUUGGACUUGCCAGUAACUCGCAUUCUGGCGGUCGCCCACCAAAACCUCGGAGACACAAACCACUGGUGUUUCUACCUCUCAACCUCUGCUAUAAUCUCCGUGCAGCUCGACUGCCAGCCAAGCCACAGUAUCCCCGGUACGGUUCUCGAAGGAGGCUCCAAGGCCAAUCUGAUCAUGUCCAAGCUGGAUCAUGUCCUCCCUCCAGAUGCGGAGACAUAUUUCGUGCUCGACGUGUUUUCUGGGGUUUCUGUUGCACAUAUCUACGACACCAUCUGUGAACAUGGGCGUCACAAGUACGAAUUUGAUUCCAAUGGGGUUGGAUGCAGAAACUGGGUCAUGGACCAGUUGGAACUUUUCUCCCGGACCCAGUUGAUUACAAGCGCAGCUCAAGUCGCGGAAGCCAAGGCGGGGAUACUGAAGCUGUGGCCGGAUGGAACACCGAAUCCACUUGACAAAGGGGCCUACUAUGAUUGA